AUGCAGCAGGAAGACGCUCAAGCAAAGGAUGAAGGGACACCGGACACAGAGCAGGGUGCAGCAACACCACAGAAAGCAGCUAGAGAAUCUCAAGAGAGAGCGAGCGUAGGAAGAAAGGCCGAUGUAGAGGCGACAGUUGAUGGAGGGAAUGCAGCCAACAAGGAAGAGAUUACAACGCCAGAGGAAGCUGAUGCGAAUAAGUCACCAGUGCUAACAGAUGCGGCGGACAAAGAGAGAAAGCAUCGAAGAGGAUCGUCACAUAAGCCAUCAGCACUAGAACAGCAUCUAUCUCGAACACGAAUGACAAAUCUGCCUCCAAAGCCAAAAGUGGAAGAUACGAAACAUCUUCAUGAUUUUGAAGAAAUGAUGAAAUUAUCCAAGGAGAUGAGCUUGAAGAAGCAACAAGAGGAAGAAGAAAAGAAGAACAAAAAGGAUGCAAGCUUGCAAGAGAGAAUGAAAGUUUGGGAAAGUGAAAUUUUACCUAGCUGGACUAGAGCAAGGAGGGAGACGAGGCUAAGGCGACUUUGGUGGAAAGGUAUUCCUCCAAAUUUGCGUGGAAGGGUUUGGGCUCUGGCCUGCGGGAACAGUCAGAUGCUUCCAAGGAAUCUGUUCAACAAAUCAAGCGCUGAAGCGAAAGAGAUGCGCUCUGCCGGUACCUUCCCAAAGGAGGACUUGAUCGCAAUCGAGGAGGACAUCGGGCAUACACUACCAACAUUGCGACUCUUUCAAAAAGAGACAGGUCCAUUGUAUGAUGACCUGUUUGACCUUUUGUGCGCUUUCACUAUUGUAGCAAAUGGCACAAAUGGCACUCGAGUUGAUGAAUUAGACUAUGCCUAUCCAGUCGGAGUUGCAUCAUUAGCGGCGAUGUUAUUGAUGAAUCUAUCUCCUUCGGAAUCACUCAUCGCUCUCAUCAACUUGAUUGCUGAUCGGCCUUGGCUGCGUGCACUAUACUCUCUUUCGGCGACUGCAAACACACGACAAUCUUUGACAUUAUCACGAGGUAGUGUUGACAGUUUCGAGAGGGUUUUUGAUACCUUGUUGGCCGAUCAAAUGCCAAAAGUGUAUGCGAAUAUGCAAGCAAGAGGCGUUCGUCCGAGUGCAUAUGUGAAUGAUUGGAUAAGGACAUUGUUUGUGCCAUUCUUACCUUUUGAUGCCGUGGCAAGAUUAUGGGAUUGCAUCUUACUUGAAGAGAGUGAUGCGCUUUUGUUCAGAACAGGAAUCGCUUUGGUUUCAUUGCUUUCUGCCAGAUUAUACGUCCCUGAGAAGGAUGAAUUGAUCAGCAUUCUGCGUGGAAACAAUCGUGCUGCAAUCUCUGCUCCUGAACAAUUUGUUCCUCUCGAUGAUAUCUAUGGUGGUCAGUACGGCAUCACAGAAAACAUUCUGUUCAGGACGUUAGAAGAGCAAGAUUCAUGGUGGAAAGAUAGUGUGCUAGAACGUCUGUUGGACAGAGAGAUUGUAUCCUGA